AUGUAUAAUCAUUAUCCAGAUAAUGAUGAAUACAAUUACAAUAGAAUCAGACCAAGAAAUGAAAGAAUUAAAAACUAUAAUAACAAGAGUGACAUGAAGAUAAAUGUUCGAAGUCAUGACAUGAGGAAACUAGAGAAAAUUAAAACAAAAAAGAGACUGCAAGAUCGUUAUGAUUCCGACAAGGCAAAUGGAAUUGUAAAAACAAACAGAUUCACUAAAGCAGGUGCUCAGCUAUUUGCAUAUGAAUCUCGUGGGUCUUAUCCAAUCAGUCAAUACCAAAGAAUAAGAGAAGAACAAAUAUUUAGAAGCCUAAGAAUUUCAACGCUAGCUUCCUCUUUGAAGCCAGCAGUUUUUGGAACCUUGAAAACAAAUUUGGCAGCUAAAAUUGCAGAUGAUAUUCAAAUAUCUUGUACGAAGUUUGGAAAUAAGAUUGUCACAUUAGUAGACAUGUAUCCAUGGAAUUUCAUUCAGUUGAUUAUGACAUAUCUACCUCUUCCCACUUGUGAGAGGAUGAAUCAAGUAUGGGAAAAGUCAGACUACAAUUCUUCAGUAGGUAACAUCUUUUCGAGUAUAGUUUACAAUUCAAUCAAUUUGAGAGAGAUGAAUUCACUAAAGAGAAAAUCAGUUGAUCGUCCGAUUCCCAAUUCCCAAUUGCUCCAAUUUUUCGAACCAUCAACUGGUGAUAUCAAAGAGAUAUUCAAAUACAUUGGUCCAAUUGAUCGUGAAGAAGCCAAAGCCCGUGUUAUUGGUACAAAGUGUAGUUUCAAUACAGUUUCCAACUUGGAAGAGUUCAAAGUUGGAUUCAAUGAUUUCUUUACGAGACGAGUGCUCAGAAAUGUCACAUGGAAAUCAGAAGGUUUCAAAGUUGUUGUUACUGGUGGAUCGGUUCUUGCUGGUCUCACACGUCUUGGAGCAGACACUGAGAGUUACAAGAGUUAUUGGGCUGGUGAACAAGCGAUCUCGUAUCUCCCGUAUGUAAUUGGACAAAAGAUAAGAUCGUAUCUUGAGGAAUGUAGUGAUACUCUUUAUCAUGUUGCCAAUUCCAGAUUCAAUGGUGUCAGUUGGCAGAGUUCAGAUAUCGAUUUAUAUCUUGUUUGUGAGGAUGAAUCGAUUGUACCAAAUAAAAUUGGACAGCUUGUCAAGGAGAUCACCGAUUGCUUAACUGUAGCUUAUAAGCUUUUGAGAACCGAACAUUCAAUUACGAUUCUUCCUGUGUAUCCAUAUAGACCAAUCCAAAUUGUAACUACACUUCUCAGAGAGAUAUCAGAUCAUAUUCUCUAUUGUGAUUUGGAUUGUACAUCUUUUGUAUACGACCCUUCAGCAAACAAUAUCUUCACACUGGAAAGAGGAAGAAAAUCAUUGAACAAUCGCGUCAAUUUGAUUUCACCAAAUCAUGGAAAUAUGAAACGAGUUCUAAAGUAUGCAUAUCGUGGAUUUACAUCCGUUUGCUUCGAACUUUGUAAACAUUAUCCAAGGUGUGAAGAUACUCAAGUGGAUCGAUUAGCGGAUCGUCUUUAUGAUGAUAUAACCAAAGAUAAUCCCAAUUUUGAUGAGUCUGAAUUAAACAGAUAUAGAAGAGAUUAUGUGGCACUGGAAAACAUUCCAUUUGGUCCGAGUUUCACAAAUAUCAAUCAACUAGUAGAUUGCCUUGAGAGCAGACCCGAUAUUAAAAUACUCAAAGGAAUCGAUGAGAUUGCCAGCGCUCUCAGAAUCUCUCCAACCAUCUGGAAAUUCACCAUGCCAUCACCCAGUAAGAAGUGUUACCAGUGCAAUAUAUUGAUGGAAGAUGUCAAGGCUGAGGUUGCAAUGUGUAUGAAAUGUAAAGAAAACAAUAUAUUCAAGUUGAAUCAAUGGAAUUCCAUUCAACUCAAUGGUGGCAAUCAAGCAAAGUAUGCAGUUGUAACUGGUGCUAGGAAUAAGAUUGGUAUGCAAACUGCACUCAGAUUGUUGCGAUCUGGUUACUUUGUGUUGGUGACAACUCGAUUCCCAUUUAGUGCACUUGCCAACUAUCAAAAAGAAGAGGAUUAUCUGAAAUGGAUUGAUAGACUUCAGAUCUAUGGCAUUGAUUUUAGACAUCUUCCAUCAGUUGACAAAUUCAUCAAAUAUAUUCUCAGCAAAGUUCCCAGACUUCAUAUUCUGAUCAACAAUGCAGCUCAGACCAUCAGAAGACCAAGAGCAUAUUACCAAUCUAUCCUCAAAGAAGAGAAGCGAAUGAAAGCCAUUCAGAGUUCAAGUGGUGAAUCAUUGAAAGGACAAGUCAUUUUAUCAAAAGAGAACAUCAAUAAUCUAUCUUUGAUUCCAACAUACAACAAUAAUAAUCAAAGUAGUGUUGCUGAUUGUUCACAAAUGACACAAAUCAUCGUGAAUAAAGAAGAUGAAGAAUUGAUGAAUCAGGAAUUGUUCCCAGUGGAUAUGGUCGAUGAACAUGGCGAUCAGCUGGAUAUGCGAGCUAAAACUACAUGGAAUAAUGAAAUUGAAGAAAUUUCAAUGGAAGAGAUGCUUGAAGUUCAACUCAUCAAUGUAACGGUACCAUUUAUGUUGAUAUCCCAAUUAUCACCAAUCAUGUCACAACCAAGAAGUUUUUCGCUUAGAAACAACAACAAUGAUUGGUCAUAUAUUAUCAAUGUAACAUCACAAGAAGGAUCAUUUAACAAGUCAUACCAAAAUGGAUAUCAUGUUCACACCAACAUGGCAAAAGCAUCAUUGAAUAUGAUGACACUUUCCACAGCCGAUCAAUAUUUUAAGAAACAUAUAUUCAUUUGUUCUGUUGACCCUGGCUGGAUCACAAAGAUGACAACGAAUGCCAAAACCACUGGUGUUGAACCACCACUCUCCUCCAAAGAUGGAGCUGCCAGAAUUCUUGAUCCAAUUUACUCACAUAUCAAAGAUCCUGAAUUUAAACAUGGUGUACUUUAUAAACAUUUCAUUCCGUCAACAUGGUAA